UGUUGGUCCCACCUCUCAGCUGAGAUUGGAAACUCUUUGGGGAAGGAGUCUGGCAUCCCUGCAAAGUGCCAUGCACAUACAUAGCGCUAUGGAAGUAAUAAUUUGGUGAACGUCUCUGCAGCAGCAGCUCUGAUGGCUUCUGCCGCACGCUGCCUGCUGGAAGAGGCUUCAGGAAUGCAGGCCCAGUCCUCAGGUUGUUUGAAAGAGGGGAUGUUCCACUUUGUUUCUGCAAGAUCCAGGUUCCACUAAUGUCUAACGCGGAGCAGUCAGUGGCAGAGCCGAGAAGAAGAGCGACAAUCCUGGCGGGACAUAUGUUAGUGUCAUGGAAGGAGACCUGUCAGGACUCCUUGGAUUCUACUCCAGCUCCCCCGUGUUGCAUGAAUUGUGCGUAGCUGGGAUGAGCCAUGAACUUCUGCUCUCUAAUUAUAGGUCUGGCACCAAUUUAUUCUGUGUUGCAGAGUUACUUUGCAGCCUGUGAGGAUGAGACCCCAGCAAUUAGGAAUCAUGACAAAGUCCUGCAGCGACUAUGUGAGCACCUGGAUCACGCUCUGCUUUAUGGGCUGCAAGAUAUCUCUUCAGGCUACUGGGUCCUGGUCAUUCACUUCACCCGCAGGGAAGCCAUCAAGCAGAUAGAAGUCCUGCAACAUGUGGCCACCAAUUUGGGGCGCAGUCGUGCUUGGCUAUACCUGGCCCUCAAUGAGAACUCGUUGGAGAGCUACUUAAGGCUGUUUCAGGAAAAUCUAAGUCUGCUGCAUAAGUACUAUGUCAAGAAUGCCCUGGUCUGCAGCCAUGAUCACCUGACCUUGUUCCUGACGCUGGUAUCUGGGCUGGAAUUCAUUCGCUUUGACUUGGAUCUGGACGCCCCUUACUUGGACCUGGCACCAUACAUGCCCGAUUACUACAAGCCUCAGUAUCUGCUGGACUUCGAGGAUCGCCUGCCAAGCUCCAUCCAUGGCUCAGACAGCCUGUCGCUCAACUCCUUCAACUCAGUCACCUCGACCAAUCUGGAGUGGGACGACAGUGCCAUUGCACCUUCAAGUGAGGCAGCCUUCCCGACCUCCACAGUACAGCCAGCCUGUUACUGUCGGAAGGCAGUUAGGAGCACUGCUGAAAGCCCCAGCCACACAGAUUAUGAUUUUGGAGAUGUCUUUCCUGCAGUGCCGUCCAUACCCAGCUCAGCCUGGGAAGAUGGAGACCUAACAGACACUCUCAGCUGCCCGCAUUCCGUGGCCUCUGAUCUGAAUGGCAGCAAAUCUUCCAUGAAGAGUCCGACGCAGCGCUACAACCCCUUCAACGAGGAAAAGGCUGAAGCGCUGUCCUCCGCCGAAACCACCCCUGCGCACACCGCCUCCCUGGAGAGGAUGGACACCAUGAUGGAAGGCACAGACCAGCUGGAGAGCGGCACGGAGCUGGAAGUCAUCAGAUUAGCUAAAAAGAAGAAAACCGGCAAGAAAAAGAAGGUGAAAUUGGAGGAAAUGGUGAACCCCCCUGCCCCCAGUGCCACAGCAGCUGGCGGGGACGGUGGCCCGAACAGACUGAGCGAAGGAGCUGAGCUGAAGACAGACAGCAGGCCGCCCUCUCCAGUGGGCAAGGAGAGGCCAGGAGAGAGCAGCAAGCACUCAGCCCUGAGCCAGCUGGGCCUGCGGAUCCCAGAGAUGAAGGACACCUCCAUGGAGAGCGUGGGGCAGCCACUGAGCAAAGUGAUCGACAGACUGAACGGGCAGCUAGACCCCAGUGGCUGGAACUGCCCUGUCGAGUCCCCCGAGCAGUCCUUUCGGACUGGCAUGCCAGGGGAGUCCCCGGAUGAGCCGCCCUCUGGCAGCUAUGGUGAGGGGAUUUCGACCCCCAUGGACUUCUACCGCUUUACCGUCGAGAGUCCAAACUCUCCUGCACCAGGUGGUGGCAACCAUGACUCUGCAAGGGCUGGCCAACCGCCACAUGUUCCUGGUAGCCCUGAGACUGCUGGACAAGAGGAAGAAGGAGGAGAGGGAGAAACAGCUGGGGCGGUAGAGAACGCUCAGGAGGAGGCAGAUAAAACCCAAGCCAGCGAAACGGAGACUGGGCACACAGAGACGCUCAGCAGGCUGAAAGGAGACCAGCCCAGUCCCUCUCUGAGCAGCACUGAUGACUCGGGGGUGGAGGAGGGGCAGGGCAGCCCGUCGGAAAUGGCCCAUCCAUCGGAGUUCAGGGUGGAUAACAACCAUCUAUUGCUGCUGAUGAUCCAUGUCUUCCGGGAGAAUGAGGAACAGCUGUUCAGGAUGAUCCGAAUGAGCACCGGGCACAUGGAGGGGAAUCUUCAGCUGCUCUAUGUCCUGCUGACAGACUGUUACAUUUACCUGAUCCGGAAAGGAGCAGCAGAAAAGCCGUACUUGGUGGAGGAGACCGUUUCGUACAAUGAGCUAGACUACAUCUCGGUUGGCCUGGAUCAGCAGACAGUGACGUUGGUCUGCACCAACCGUCGGAAGCAGUUCCUGCUGGACACCGCUGAUGUGGCCCUUACAGAGUUCUUCCUGGUCUCCUUGAAGUCAGCCAUGGUCAAAGGCUGCCGAGAGCCACCGUACCCCAGUAUCCUCACCGAUGCCACUAUGGAGAAGCUGGCGCUGGCCAAGUUUGUGGCCCAAGAGUCAAAGUGCGAGGCUUCCGAUGUGCUCGUUCGCUUCUAUGGCCUCGUUCACUGGGAGGACCCCAUGGAUGAGGCAUUGGGACCGGCCCCUUCCCUUUACACGUCUCCUGAGAACGCGGUCACUAAGGAAGGCAUCCUGCAUUACAAGGCUGGGACCUCGUACCUGGGGAAGGAGCACUGGAAGACCUGCUUUGUGGUGCUCAGCAGCAAUGGGAUCUUAUACCAGUAUCCAGACCGCACCGACAUUAUCCCUCUGCUCUCCGUGAACAUGGGAACUGACCUGCGGAGUGAGCUAGGGUGUGCUUGUCUACUGGAAGGGAUGUGUACGCUGAGUACAUUUGUUAUGUCUCUGCACCUCCCAGUCUCUCUCACCGGGAGAAGGCAGCAGGACACAUUUAACCUGAAGUGGAGAGGGUGGAUGAUCUUGGAUGAUUGGGGGGAGCAGUGUGGUGGGUGCCGGCGAUCAAACACCACAGAUCGCCCCCACUCCUUCCAGGUGAUCCUGACCGACCGCCCUUCCCUGGAGCUCAGCGCCGAGAAUGAAGAGGAGAUGGCAGACUGGAUGCAAUACUUGUGUCAGGCCGUCUCCAAAGGGGUUAUCCCCCAGGGCGUGGUCCCUACGCCCUGCAUCCCCUGCUGCCUUGUCAUAACCGACGAGAGGGCCUUCACCUGCCACGAGGACUGCCAGACGAGCUUCUUCCGCUCGCUCGCUACCGUGGAGCUGCCGGACGUGGCCGCUGUCUCUGCGGAACCCGGCAAGGAGUACUGUAUCAUAGAGUUUGCUCGGGAUCGCCACCAGUUCCUGCCCCCUUGGGUCCUGUACUUUAGUUGCACUACGGAACUGGAGAGGUUCCUCGUGGCGCUGAGCACUGUUUGGAGAAAUAUCUACCAGGUUGAUCUCCGGCACAAGGCUAUCCAAGAAGCCUCAGUCAAGAAGAAAUGCGAGGAUGCCUUGAGCCUGAUCCAUAGCACCUGGCAGCGCAGCGACAGCCUGUGCCGUGGCCGGGCCUCCCGGGACCCCUGGUGUUAACAGAGGGAAAGACACAACCCCACGUUAUAAGAGGCCCAAACUAACCUACCCACCCCGACACUAACUCUGGGGGGCAAUCCUGUCCCUUUCCCGGUGCAGGCAGGCGGACUCUCUUUAGCAAACAAGCUUACGUUCUCUUUGGCAGUGCUUGAACUCGCUGCAAGCCCGGGGUUCCCAGUGCUGUCCCUUUAGCUGGGCACGUACAAGUGGAUAUCCUAGAUCGGCCGAGCACUGCCUCUCAGCGGUAGCAAUGGCGGAGCUUGUGCUUGUUGAACGGAAGCCUUCACGCUGCACCAUGGUACGUCGCUUCUCUGCUGCGUCGCAGCGGGACCAUACGGUCCCCGGCCUACAGCAUGGGGACUGCACUGGAGAUGGUGGAGCUUCAUCUAGAUCAAACGCCAUGCGUGGACACCUGCAUCAAGUUCCUUGUGCAGAAGGCCUUGCAGAGACUCUGGCCGGGUCACCCUGCUGCCUCUGAGCAAGUGACUCUCUCUUUAAAGGAACGAUAACCUAAUAUUAAUGAGGGCGGGGUGGGUCUGGGCAGGGUGUUCGCUCGUUGCAUCAUUGGACACCAGACUGGGUCCAAGCGCUUGUACUGACUAGUUGUUCAUUUUAGAACACGCUAGGUUGUAAAUGUGGUGAGAGUGGAACAGUAAACAGCUGCUGCGCAUGUUUUAUCCUUGCUAAUACAAUCGCAGACUAAUGCAACUGCUUCACCUCAAGGGGUGCUCAUCCCCCCCAUCCCCCUUCCCCCCAACACUCCUCCUUGACCAUUUGUGAGCUGCAUGUGCUGGAUCUUCUCCGCCCAGGAGAUCUCUCUGCCCAGGGCACAUAACCUGUCCCAUCACAGCCCUACAAAGCCACAGCGAGAAACAAAGAUGUAGCUUGGGUGGAAGAAGUUGCUAGCUCAGUUUUUGAGCUGCGGUCAUGGGUUCCUGGGUCUGAGCUGAUGUCUGAAAGGGGAGAGAAUGGGAGAAGCUGGAGCAUAGGAUUGUGCUUGAUCCAAAAUUAACCCUCCUCUGGAAGCACAAGCAGCGUGUUCAGCAUCAGAGAUGUUGGUAUGUAGGCCCCUCUCUCUUCCCCCCACUUGCCCACUGGCUGCUGCUGGAGUCAUUAGGAGACUUGACAAAGGUGAGGGGGAGUGUGUGGGAAAUAUUAAAGAAAAUCCAGGCAAUAUAAUGUGGGAGGAGCAGAGAGAUUUAGACACAUGGGGAUUGAGAAUUUCAGAGUAUUCUGGAGGAUUUAGACAAACACCUUCCAUUCAUUUAACUGAAAUGUGUCUAAAUCUCAACUUUGAGAGAGGUGGUACAAAUAUUGGAGUGGGGGGCGCGGGAAGAGGGAUCUAUUAACCCUUUGUGUCUGGGGCCAUGUAAGGUAACAGCAAUUAUCCACUAUGGAGAGUGGUUUGGGGGUUUUAUUUGUUUGGGGAUUUUUUUAAUAAGUUGGGAGACCUAAUGUAAAAUAUAUUCAUGGGGCCUUUUUUGCAGGAGGUGAACUAUGUGACUGAAUGUACGUGUAUAUACAUCUGCUUCCUCUGCCCCAGAAUAAAUCCUCAUUGGUAA